UUUGUUUCCUAUAAAUAGGAGUUAAGGCCACCAGUUUAACCAUCAUCUAGGGUUUGAAAAUUCAAUUCCUAAGUAAAAUCUCCUCCAAAUCCUAAAGAAGAUGUCUUGCUGCGGAGGAAACUGUGGCUGUGGCUCUGGCUGUAAGUGCGGCAGCGGCUGCAACGGAUGUGGUAUGUACCCUGACAUCUCAGAGACCACCAGAACUGAGACCCUUGUUGCAGGAGUUGCACCUGCUAAGAAGUUCUAUGAGGAGGGGUCUGAGAUGAACUUUGGUGCUGAGGGUGGACAUGGCUGCAAGUGUGGAUCAAACUGCAACUGUGAUCCAUGCAACUGCAAGUGAGAAAGCAGCAUGGACAUGGACCCAACAAAGCAGUAGUACUUAAUCAUGGUGUUUAAUAAAUCCCUACAAAAAUUAGGAGAAAGAAAGAUGAAAAAGAGUUGGUUAAUGAAUAUGUGUGAUAUACAGUACUUGUGUUGCUGUAAAUAAAACAGCCAUGGGUUAUCCAAAUCCUUGUGUAUGGAUUUUAUUAUGGCUUGUUUUAUGUGUUGUGUCCUCUCUGCUUUGCUGGUCUUAACUUUUGUUUGUGUAGUUUGGUAGGGGAACUUCAAUUAUUGUGGUAUGGAUGGUUAAUGCUAAUCCUUUCACUCA